CUCUUUGCUUGUUCCAUCAAAUUUUCAUGUGGCUGAGGAUUUUGAAAAUUUUAUUGCCGCUUUUGCUGUCCGCUGUGAGACGAUCUCGGACUGAUAGGCGAUAAAGCACGGGAAAAAGUUCCCAUCUUUUUGCGAUCAAAAGGAGCACCCUGUAGUGUGGCUUACGACAACAAUAUUCCCAUAUGUUAUAGGCCUUGCCAACGACUCAAUCCAGCUGUCGUCAUGCCCUCUGCCACGGUCCACAAUGAGUCCACUCACAUUCCCGCCUGGAAAAGAUUGGGCCUCAAACUGAGAUCUCAAGCACCUCCAGUGUCUGUACCCGAAACUUCUGAUCAGAUUGGGUCGAUCAAGAGGAAGAGAGGGGGCGCAAUUGACGAAGAGCCAUCCAAGAAAACGAAGAAGAAUUCUCAUUAUCCAUCACCUGCCGUACCGGUCACUCCUGUUCUCGUCCGGAAGAAGUCAGUUACGUUCACUCCGGAGACGAAAGUCGACGAUGGAGACAGCAUAAAGCAACUAUUCAAUUCUUGGGUAGCAGAGCAAAAGUCGCAGGACCCAUCAUUUCAACUGCAAAAUUCGCAACUGGCAUUCAAGACCCCGGAACCUUCUAUUGUCGAGGAACAAGUCAAGACAAGCCUUGACGAAAAAGACAGAAGAGCUAAGAGGAUCAAGAAACCGAAGCAAGAACAGGGCAAGUCCAAAUCAUCGAAGCCCUCAAAGAUCGUCAAACCUGCCAACCUCUCCUCCCGGCCUUACCUUCAAUACCUCCGACAAUAUCACGAAUCGAGAGACAACUGGAAGUUCAACAAGAACCACCAAACUCAUCUCCUCAAGCACGUCUUCGAUAUCGAUAUCAUACCCUCCGAUCACGCAUACCUCAUUUGCCCCUACGUCCGAGGACUCCAAGGUGGAGUAAGAACGAGGCUGCGAGACGCAGCUCUUGCUAUCAAAGUCAAAGAUCAAGCGGAAGGUGCUGCUGGCUUCCCCGAAAACAUGGCCGAUUCCGACAAGAAGCAGCAGGAAUAUGAUGCAGCUAUGAAGAAGUACGUGGAGCACAUGACGGCGGCCAAUGCAUCGUCAACGAUGGGUUACGAGGAAGGAGUUUUGAUGGGUCUGUCAGAUGCAAACAUGGCGAAGAGGGUUGCUAAGAGGACGAGGGCGGAGCAAAUCUUGGCAGAACUUGAGACAGCUCAGGAUCGCAGCGAAGUCGUUGAUAAAGGCCUUGUCAGCGGUGAUAAUGACAGCCAGAAGAGACUGAGGAUGAAUGACGGAUCGACCCAGAGGGUUGCAAGGAGAAGAAAACAACGGACCGCAACGGUGGAGGAUACCAGUUCAUCUGAUUCUGAUGAUUCAGAAGACGAUAGCUCGGAUGACUCUGUUACCGAACGCGAUGGUGGUGAUGACACGUCUUCGAGCUCUUCAAGCUCUUCUUCCAGCUCCGAGUCUGAGGAGGAAGAUAGCCAGGAAGAUUCAGAAGACAGCAGCGAGGAAAGCGAGGACUCUGAUGAGUAGGUGUCAGGAGGACGGCACUGGCCUUUAGAAUCGUCCCUACAAAUGAUUUCACGUGAAUUACAGAUACCCUGAAUUACUAGUUUCGUUCUUAACUGGUCGGUGCAAGUGGACCAUGUUCACGGAACGCACAUUAGUUACAUUUAAUCUAGGGCCCAAUAGACAAGAAUACAGAAAGACCUUUCAAUUUCAUUAAAAUUUGUCCUUCCCAAGACCAAUCGAAAAGGCAAAUGCAAGAUUAGAUUCUUAUCCUGCAGCUGGCUGCAAAAGGGACCCCGUGAACACUUUCUCGCAUCUGAACCCCUCCUUUUCGUA